AUGGAUAGGUUUACUAUCUCUCAGGAGGCUUAUCAUGAACUUACCCAACAAGAGUCUUCCCUGCCGAAGACAUACUUCGUUGAGUCUUGCCAGAAAGUCAUUGAUGCCCUGUGGAAACCAACAAGGACACCAGGAUUCUGUCCUGGAGCUGAACUGCCGUUUGAGCUUCUAUUGGAAAAAGGAAAUAAGAGGACAUGUAAGAGUAUUUUCAAAGCUACGUAAGAAAAGUAGGGGAUAUGUUUGGUUGGUAAUUUACAAUAGUCAAACCUAACAGACAAUUUUGUUGUUUUUUUAACUCAAGAAUUCAGUUGACAAAGAGCCACUCGUAAAAGUCAAAGUAUCAGGGGACAGGGCAAGAAUGUUCCAUACAAGCUCCCUUUUUGUAUUUUCUUUUUCACUUCUGGACAAAGGUCAACAUAUGCUUUCAAGUUCAGGUAACUUUUGGCUUUUAGAUGUAUUUAUUACAUGGAAUGGUUAACAGGUCAAAUACUGCAAAAAAUGCUUAAAAAAUGCAUUCUUUUUAAUAGACAGUAACUGCACAUACAUGUAUUAAUUCUGUUGCUUUCAUUCAGUUUUGUUCCUUAAUGUUAUUAUUUCACAGGAAACCAUACCAUUGCACUAAUUAAAGGGAAUGAAGAUUAUGAAACCCUUAAGUUGGGAUUAAAAAAUGUCAGAUGUGCCAUAAAUAAGUUUAUCAAGCAGGGGUAUACGAAAUUGAUGGGAAUAAGUGAAACCCAUUUAGUUGAUAAUUCCUGAUUUAAGUUAGAAAAUAUCAAGGCUUAAAAAGUGACUGUGUUUUUCCUCUCCUGUUUAAUAGUUCCUGUUAGUUGCUAUGGGCAUGAAAGGGGCAACCUCCAAUAAUUCUUGCAUCUGGUGUUUGAUACACAAAAAAGACAGGCAAGCAACACUAUUAACUUUUCAAAUAUUAUUUGCAAUAAUUAAUAAUCAUGUUACCAUGUUUCAUGUAUAUAAUUAUAACAAAAAUAACCAUUGUGCCUUAUACCUGUAGGUGCAACAUGUCUGUGAAUAUCACAUGCACCUACAGUUCCCAAAGCAUGGCAAGACAGUUUGGGCCAAACUGGACGAGAGACCUGGGAUGCCAGUAUCCACCACUGUUUGAUAUACCUCUAGAAAAUGUAGUGACUGUCAUAGAUGAGGUGCACCUGAUGCUGCAUAUAACAGACACACUUUAA